UUUUCCUCCAACUUGCUUCGUUACAAAUGAUGUUUGAUGAAGUUCUUGAAGUGUUGAAGAACAGGAUGAACUUUGCUUGUUUGUUGGGGAUGAAAGAUUUGGAGUUUGAAUCUUCCCAACGUAAGCUUGUCUUGUUGAAGGUUGUAGAAUUUGAAUCUCAAGAGAGCUUGAAUGAUGAGCAAAAGUUGUAGCAAAGUUAUCUUCCUUGUUCUUCUUCGUGUAGCUUAUAUACGGAGGUUGUCUGCCCGUUGGAGGAGGAGACAACUGCAUUAAAUGCGCGUACUGUUGACUUGACCGCCGUUUUUGGAAGGUUUCUAUUUUUAUAAUAUAUCUUCCCGGAUUCUUUGGUCAAUCAUUUGCAAUCAAUCCUUCAGCGUAUCAGGCUCAUUUAAUGUGCAUUAAAUGCUUUCCUUUCAUGCACAGUCUUCUAGCCGUUGGAUGUUUUACCCGUUGGAUUCAUAGCUGUUGGAUGUUGCAUGAAAUCUUCUAAGUGUUAGUCGGGCUCUGAUCAGGCUCUUCUGAUAUGUUGGAUUCUGAUGGCUUUCUGACGAGUUGAGUUCUGAUGGUCUUCUGAUCUCUGACUGAACUCUGACUCUGACUCUGAUAGGUCCGCUGAUGAGUACUUCUGAUCUGUAGUUCUCAUCGGCUAUCAGAUGUCCAGGUUCAUCAGCAACUCGUAUGAUGCAACUCUGAUGGACUUCUGCUAAGAGAACUCUGAUGGAGCAGUUCUCAUAGAGCAAGUCUGAUGCACUUCUGAUCUGAUCCAAAAUAGAGCAACUCUGAUCGACGACUACACUAAUACUUACAAUUAAAAAAUCUAAUACAUAGAAUCUAACUUGGGGGUACUCUUACUUUCUAAUCCUAUAGCAUCAUCAAAAUCUAAUUACAUUUAUUCCUUACAACUAGCUUCAUGAAAGUUGUAGAUAAUGAAGUCCUCUAUCCAUCACAACUUGCAGAAUUGGAUUUGAAUCAUCCAAUCAAGAGAUAUUAAUAAUAUGGUGGAAGGUGGCAUUCUGAAAUCGCAACAGAGAUCAUGUGACUGCAUCGUCUGUUUUCACCUUGCUCCUCUCAGAUUCUCGGAAUGAUGUCUUCAUAUGAUUUGUAGCCCUUUCAGUUGAAUUUCAUAUGGAACUUUAAUCGUGUCCUUUGGAUGCUUCUACAAAGAGAUAUGCUUGAACGAUUGACAGAAGGUCAUUCUGAUCGCCGUUUUCAAGAUCUAUUCGUCUUCUUUUGAUCCCGUAGCCAAUUCUAGAUCUCUUUUGUCUUGAAAUCUUCAUUGUAAACCUCCCGGUGACCUCCAAAGCUCUCAAAUCAAUCUAGAAUGCUUCUCAACUCAUCUCGAUUGCUCUUCAAGCACCGGUACCGGACUCUAAAUUCCCAUGUUUGACUCCAAAUGACAUAAAACUCAAACCAACGCCUGGUAUACAUAACUUGAACUAAAAUUGAGACUUGUAACACAUUAAAGCUAGGAAAACCAUCAAAAGACGAUCCCAACACGCAUCAAAUGUGUGUCUAAAUACAGACUUAUCAGUCACGCAUGCUCAAUCUCAACUCAAGUCAACAUUACAAACAGAUGAUUAUAAGAGUCGCAGAAACUUCCCUAAGGCGCUGGUCGGUGCAGAACUAAACUGAGUAAAGUGAUUCUCGGCACAUCAUCCCAAAGCAAAAUACUGAGCUGCAAAACACACAAACACAAAAACAAAAAUAGAAAACGGCCUGGAUAUUAUUUUUUCCGGGGGUUUUUCUGAAAUUAAACAAACAAAAACAAAAGUGCAGAAAUAAGUUUGGGUUGCCUCCCAAAAAGCGCUAUUUUUAACGUUGUUUGCCCGAUGAUACCUCAUAAGCCUUCAAAUAGUAAAUAUUUUAACGGUGCACUAAUUUCCAAAGUUUCUAACUUUCGCUCCACAAAUGCCAUUAAGUGGCGCAGACCUUUAAAUUCUCGAGUACACGUAGGCAGCACAUGGUCUUCAUAACCCUCAUCAGCACAGAAGUGAAGGAUGAAACUCACAUCCUAUUCGUGUGGGCAGCGAACAUGAGUCACAACAUUGAUUACUCUAGGCAUUACCGGAAGUUGAAAACAUGUCUCAAAGCAAAGAUUAGGAGCAACACAAUCCUCAAACUGCACCAUAGAAAAGUCUUUUCUUCCUCAUAAACAUUAUGAACAUUCAAAAAACCUCCUCUGGACUUUGUAUCACUCCCCAUGCGAUCAUCCCAACUCUCGUUAACACCGUUCUUAUCAAUGUCUUUUCGGAUGAUGUUGUUAUUCUCCACAUCAAGGAGUGGAUCAAAGAAAUCCAAAUCUGAAAUCACGUAAGAGUGGAUCGGUGCAUUGUGCAAGAGGGGUAAUCUUGCUUGUGGAGUAGGACUUCUUCAUUAUGGACAUCAUCUACCUCGCCUCCACUCUCUUGGAGUGUGUAAUCAUCUUUUCCCAACUCAUCUUCAAUGCCCAAACCUACCUCAAUGGCACCAUCAUCACAACUGGUCUGCUUCAUGCCCUCAUCAGGUGUUGAGACUAAUGGUAAAUCAAACGGUUGGGGGGGUUCUGUAUGAAAAUCACAGUGAUUUGUGACUUCAUCAGUUACAGUUUGUAUCGUUUGAAACUUUUGCUUGUAUUCUUGGAAAAACAACUUGAGACUACUAUCUUCUAGUUCAAGUUCAAACAUAGGUGGGUCUUCAAAAGCAUCAAGAAGUGUAUCAUCCAUCAUACUCCCACCAUCGCAGUCUGACUCAAUCUCAUGAUCAUCCCUAUUGAUCUCCUCAGGUUGGGCUUCUGCCAGCUGACCCGCCAUGUCGAUUAGAUUCUGCAUGAUCUUUUGGCAUGCUGCAGCCUUUUCCAUAAACUCCUUGAGUGUUUCUUCCAUGCUAAUGUGGGUUUGUUGUAUUUUAGGCAUAUUAUGUUCCGCCUGCUGCAAUUGAUUAUGUAGCUCAUUGCUUGGCAAGGAUGUAGGAGCGGCUGAAAGAUUUGUGUUGGUGGGUUGUGGGGAAGGCGAAGUGGGGUAUGCAGUUGCCCAGUAAAGAUGAUAAUAUGGAGAAAUGGGGCAUAGAUAUAAAUGGUGACCUCCUCCAUAGAAGAAACAAAUGCGAUUCUUAGGAAAACAAUCCAUCAAUUCUUCAGGAGUUUUAGUUUGAAUAAGGUAUUCAAAAAUGGUGUCUGGUCUUGCCCUAGGAUAUUGUGGAUAAGGAUAAAAAUGAGGGGAAUGAGAUUGGGAAUGUUGUGUAUUUGGAAGAGGGUAAGAAUAAGAAGAUGGAAUAUUUUGUGGUGUAGAAGAGUAAUAUUGGUGAGGUGUGUAAAAUUGAGGAGGAAGAGGACGAGUGUAAGGAGGACAUGGUGCAAAUGGUGAAUAUUCCGUGGAGGUUUGAGGGUGAGGUGUUCCUCCAUAAAUCGAGCUGAUGGGUUCAUCUCAUCCUCUUAGAAAAAUACCUGAAAGGUUAUAAAAGAAAAAUCCUACGGAAAAACUAAAAGAAAAACUAACUACAAAAAAUCUCAAUGAAAUUAAUUAACCCUUAAAACCGACACCGUCCCCGGCAACGGUGCCAAAAACUGAUGUGAGUUUCCUCGCACUUAAAAAUGAUAGUAGUAUAGGGUGUAAGUACGAAUAUCGUCUCCAUAGGGACGGAUAAAAGGGAAAUAAGAAUUCUCUAAAUUCAGCGAUUAAAAAGAAAUAAAAUAAAAUGCAAUUGUGCGAGAAUGAUGGUUCAGAAAAAUAAAUGCGGAAUAAGGAAUAAAAGUAGAUUGAUUUCUCCCUCAUUAAUGACGAAGGGAACAUAGAUUGAUUCCGGGGUAACUAGAUUUCUGGCAGAUCAGGCUUAAUUACAUGAAAUUAAUUUAAUUGAGCCUAGCUAAUCAUUAAUAAGUUCUUACCGCUCUCGCGGCGUAGAGUAUAAUAAUUUAGGGAACCAGACUAAUCUCUCAUGCGACAGGAUCCUAAAUUAUUGCCAAGACGAGCGAGCUUACGGCCCCUUAAUCGCUACUAAUCUAGUAGCGAACGAUUAAGUGUGUGUGAAUGUGUCCUAGAACAAAUUAGAUCUCUCUUAAUUUAUUCUACAAGCAAUUGUAAUUCUAGCCGCGGUUCCAGGUUACAAAAGAUAUCAGUUAAAUUAUUCAGACACAAAUUAAACGGCAUUCAUGCAAUUAAUCCAUCAAGAAACUAGCCAUACAUCAUAUCAACCCCUUCAUCAACCCCAAAUCCCUAAUUAAAGUACUCACAAUUCAUAAUUGAAGAAUCAACAUAAUUGGGAUGAAGAGAAAUAAUUGUCAUUAAUUAAAAAGAUUGAACUUAUAAAUAAUCUCAUGGUCUUGAAGAAAACAAUGGAAAAACGCAGAUAAAUUCGUCCUUGGGCCUCUCCGUAAUGUUCGUAACCCCUUAAACAGGAGAAUGAAGGCCUUAUUUAUAUGAACCAGAGAAAUUUGAGCUGAAUUAAGACAAACUGAGGUCUGGCACGGCGCCUGGCAUGGCGUGCCUGCGACCGUGUCUGCGAAGCAAGGCCAAGUUUUCGCGUCCAGGCACUGUCGUGCCUAGCACGGAGGCACGUCGUGUCUGGCUUUCCCGAGAUGGGGUACAAGUUUGUUCUUCACGCACGACCGUGCCUAUGGCUGGGCAUGGCGUGCCUGGCAAUUCCAGCGAGUUAGUACCUCAUUCUUCAUCAGGCACGACUGUGCCUAAGGCUGGGCAUGGCCGUGCCUAGCCUUUUCUUCAACGUCUCUCUUCGUUUCUCGCUCCAAAUGCUCCCGGAUGCCUCAUUGAUCAAUCCAAAGGUCUUUUCUUCAUCAAAUCUUUUUCGUGAACCUCCCGAUGACCUCCAAAACUCUCAAAUCUCUCUCGAAUGCUCUCAACCUCUUCUUUAUUGCUUCUCAAGCGCCGAUGCCGGACUCUAAAUUCCUGAUUUUCACUCCAAACAACACAAAACUCGAACCAACGCCUGGUAAACAUAACUUGAGCUAAAAUUGAGACUUAUAACACCUUAAAGCUAGGAGAACCAUCAAAAGUCGAUCCCAACACAUAUCAAAUGUGUGUUGAAGUACGAACUUAUCAUUAACGUACAAGUGUAUAUGUAUUAUAUCUAUUGCAACAUUUUACGGGCAAUUGUUGUGAAAGGGUCAUUCUUGAUGUACACACUAUUUGUACACAAAUUAUACACUGUCUGUGUACACAGGUAAUUGGGAGACAAAUGUUGCAUUUUUCUUAAUGAGUUGCCUGUGUACACACUGUCUGUGUACACAGGUAAUUGGGAGACAAAUGUUGCAUUUUUCUUAAUGAGUUGCCUGUGUACACAGGCAACUAUGGUGUGUGUACAAAAAGUGUACAACUAGCUUGUGUGUACAAAUAGAUUUUUCCGUUACAAAAUGCUUAAUCACUUCCAACAUUUUACGACAAGUGUUGCAUAAGUAUACACUUUAAAUGUUAAUGCAACAUUUAUAAAUAAGUGUUGCAAAAUAUUGAGUUCGAAGGACAUGUGUAACAAAAAUAUAAGUGUUACAAAUAAAGUGUUGUGAAAUGUCCAUUUUGUUGUGGUGGGGGAAAAAAGAUAAAUCGUAACGUUUUUCACAAAAGAAACAAAUGUUAUUCUUAAGAAGACAGUGAGAAAAUUCCUCUGGAGUUUUAGUUUGGACAAGAUAUUCAAGAAAGGAGUCCGAUCUUACCCUAAGGUAUUUGUGAAGAAGAAUAAUGAUCAGAAAAAUGAGAUUGGAAGUGAUACGUAAUUGGAGGAGGGUGAGGAUAAGAAUGAAUAUUUUGUGUUGAAAAAAGGUAGACUGAGUUUAGGGGAUCUAGGUCGGGUUCGGGUCGGAACAUAGUGUUCCAGAACCGGAUCCGCUAAGCUAAUAAUGGACUCGGACCCGACUCGUUUACCCGACGCGUUUGAAAAUUUAGACCCGGACCUAGACCCAACGAGUCUCGGAACUGGGUCGGGUAGACCCGCCAAGUAUAAUAUGUACAACAUUGUAAACUUUGUGAAAACAACAUGGCCUGUAAAUGAAAUGUAAAACAAAGUGCGCAAACUUAAAAACCAAAAUAUAUCUUCGUUUAAUAAAAAUCAAGAUUUCUCAUAAAACAUUAGCACUUUUAUCAAAUAAAGUGUCAAUUCUUGUAGAGGCGUAUAACUCAACAAUCUGUAUCGCUUUCUCUCGCACAGAAUGCUCGUAGAAUAGACUAUUGUGAGUAUGAAAGCAUUAUAUAUGAGAAUGAUAUAAUAAUAUUAAUAUUACUAAUAUUAGAUAUUAGGAUUUGCCUAUUGGUUCCAAUACAGACUUUAUUAGUAUGUAUAAACGACGAAAAUGAGUAUUAGUUUCAGGGUAUCUCACUAUCUCGAUCUGUAUCACUUAGUAUGUACUCCGUAAUAGUGUGUAUAUUUUUAAUUGAAGAAUUGCAACUAAUAACUCUUUGUGUUAUUAUGUAUGUGUGUGUAUUAGUUUGUAUUUUUCAUUUGAUGUAUUACGACUAAUCUUUUUAUGUAUUAGUGUGUGUGUGUCUACCCUAUUUAUAAGAAAUUUUAAACGAGUUCGGGUCCUUAACGGGUCAGAAUUAUAUACUACCUUCGUCCCUUAAAAUUUUGUCAAGUUUGACUGACACGGGGAUUAAUAAAGUAAAAAUUGUGUGGUUGAGGUUUGUGCAGAGGAGAGAGAAUUAACUGGAACCACAAAUUUUUUACUUAAAAGGGAAAGUGGCAAAGUUAGUGGGACAUCCAAAAAUGGAAGGUUUGUAAAGUUUUAAGGGACGGAGGGAGUAUAGCAUACCCGACCCGUUUAUUAAAAAUACUAACAGGUACGGAUCUGGAUCAAAAUAUAGACGCAUAACUGGGGAAGAGCCGCAGAUUUAUGAAUUGAAGGUUCGUCAACCAUCCUUAUGGGAUCUGUUGUUGUUCACUUAUCGGCCACCUGUGCGAAGCCAGAGGCGUCCACUGACCGGCGACACCUGACUGACGAUGGCCACACACCGCUGCGGACGGAGGCGGCUAAGACUACUAUUAGAAGGGAUAUGCCUUACCUGCGAUGAUAGGGUCAUACAAUCGGCAUUCAUGGGAACUCAACUUUGGAUCCUUCCUCCCCAUCUCCAGCGAACCUUUCACCAGUGGACUGCACACUAGACGGGGAUUGCCUCCUUGGCGACGACGGGACAGCAGAGUCAGAAUUGGUGAGCUUAUGUGCAGAACUAUGACCCGCCAAUUUUUGAACUCCCGACGACGACCUGACUCUAGAACCGACUGCGGCGGAGAUUUCUUAAGCGCCGGAGAAAGAGAGUACCUGUUGACAAGAAGUGAAGCAAACUCCUGGUUUCAUCGACAGCCUAGGAAAAAUCUUGCUGCAAACAGAAUGUUUAGGGAAACAAGGUAUAACGUUGCUCAAGGAAGCUGGGUUCGGGCUCUCAAUUGAAAGUAAACACUUUCAAUUUCAUUUUAUUAAUCGCAAAUUUUUUAGGGUUUCUGAAAUUAAACAUGGAAUUGUUUCUUUUAUUGAUUUUGAUUUGGAAAAAACUUCUUGAUUCAAAGUCUCUAUUCCCAAACUUUGUUCUGGUAACUGGACUUUUUCUCUAUUAGACCUAAAGAACUCCGUUGUUAUUCUUCGAGAUGUUAAUUUCAAUUCUAUGGAGGUUUUAUCCGAAUAAUUGAGGAGGCGUGCAAUUCUUUACUCAUACUUGAGGAGAGAAAAUAAUGGAUUGGAAAUUAAUUGUUUCUUGGCUGAAAUUAGAAGAGCAAUUAAAAGCAAUCGCGGUUAGGGAACCAAUGGUGCGGAUCGAUCAGGCCAAAUGUGAGGUCUUUUCAGGUAAUGCGGGUCUUCACUUUGAGUUGGAUCCACUCAUGCUUUGGCCAGAUGGGGAUAGACAUCAAUCUUGUAAAACAGAUUUUUCAAUUUCAGAAGCCUUGUUACAAAUUGAUAUUGUGCAUUCCACUUCUUCCGAUAAAUUAUUAUUUCCCACAGAAGCAAUCGUUUCUGUAUCCAGAGAAGACUACCUGCAAAUGGGGCAGAUUCUCUUUCUCAUUCUCUACUCAAAGAAUUCGAACUAAGCCAUGUUGCUUCUUUAGGUAGUCAGAAGGGACCUAUUGGAGAAAGAAAAACGAGUACACUUCCAAAAGUCAACUUUUCGAGGAAUGAUUAUAUUCAUUUCGAGGAAAUGAAUAUCUUGGUCAUUCUUCAGAAGAUAAGGAGAGAGUUCUGAUCUCAACGGUAGAAAAUCUAUGACUCCGAAAAAAAUCGAGAAAUUUGUCACAAAGCUUUGUUGGUUACAAGAGAAUAUUGCAUGCCUACAGAUAAUUUGAACACUCAAAUCAAAAUGUACAAGAGUUAGAAUCGUCGGUCAAAUCAGACGAGGACUAAAUCCCAAACUCGCAAGGAACCUUGAUAUGAGAAUUAAAAUUGAAGGGGACUUUUAUUGCAUUGUGGGUUGACUUUUAUCGUACUUUUCCUUUGUGGUAUGAGAGUAAUCUUGAUGAGGUGUGUAAAUUAGGACAAAGAGUAUAUCGUGAAAAUUCCAAGGAGGUUUGAGAGUAAGGUGUUCCUCCAAGAAUUGUGAUAAAUAGGUUAUCUCUAACUCACUUUCCCUCCUUUGAUUGUAACAAUUUUCUUACCGGCCUGAGACCCUGAAAGAUUAAGAAAGUAGAAUCCUACGAAAAACCAAAGGAAAAAGAACUAAAAUAUUAAAAAAACUCACUGAAAAUUAUCUAACACUUAAAACUGACACCGUCCACGACAACGAUGCCAAAAACUUAUGUCAGUUUUCUUGCAUUUAAAAUAAAUGUAACAGUAUA